AUGUCGUCCUUCUACCAUUACAACACUCAUCAACACCCUACCUCUGCAAAUGCACAAUCAGCCUCAUCAUCACAUCACAGUGGUCGUGGCCGCAGAGCUCCUCGUCUGUCGCAAAAUGCUCACAAGCAAUUCCGGGGAGCCAGAAAAGACCUCGAGGAGGCUGCAGUCGUAACAAGCUUCCGUCAGCGCUUUGAAGCUGGUCGAUCAUUCGACCUCGACGAUGACUUGGAGUUCUGUCCAAACCUCCUCACCGAGAGUGAUAUGGUCUCGAUCCAUUCCUCGUCGUCGGAUCGCUCUUCGCUGUCAAGUGGGUCCCCAGAAUCCAGCCCCCAAUCCCACCAAGUAGCGCCAGACUCCAACUUCACCCUCAACUCCAACUCCGUUCCAUACAUGCCUUCUUACCAGAGCCAACCAACGCCUCUCAAACUUCAUCAACCAGCUGCUACUCGGGUUCGUAACGCCAUCCCGAUCGUCAACCCAAGCACCGGUAUGUCGAUGGCCAGCCCGCCACAGAGUGUUAGCCCAGCCAGAAUGCAACACCUGAACCGACGUUGGUAG